AUGUCUAGCACUAUAGCACCAGUACUUUUUGUCGCUGUGAUCGAUACUCGAUGCGAGACACUACCGUAUGCUAAAAUUUCCGAAUUUUCUGAAUACCCUCAAGAAGAAGAAGUAUUAUUUAUGUUCGGCACUAUUUUUAAAAUACAUGCAGUAUAUUACCGUGAAAGUUCCGGAAUAUGGGAAGUUAAACUUUCACUUUGUGGAGACGAUGAUCCUCGUCUUAUAGAUAUGGUUAAUUAUAUAAAACAUGAAAUUAAAGAUACAGCAGACUUAGUUACAUUAGGUGAUUUAUUCAUAAAAAUGGGAGAAUAUGAUAAAGCAAAAGAAUUCUAUUGUAAAUAUCAAAGUCGAUUAUCAAUUAACGAUCCAAAUUUAAAACGUGUUUGGCAGGGUCUAUCAAAUAUAGCUGAUAUUGAAGGAAAUUAUUAUAUAUCAAUGUAUAAUUAUACAAAAGCACACGAAUGUUUCGAUGAACAAUUAAAAAUAUGUCGAAAUUUACCAAGUCGUCAUCCACAAUAUGGUAAAUGCUAUUCAAGUAUUGCGAAUUUAUACGAGCUUGAAGGAGAAAAAAAAUUGGCAUUGGAAAAUUAUCAAAAAGCAUACAAAAUCUAUAUACAAUCGCUUCCUGCUUAUCAUCCAGAUACGACCAAAGUAGAACAAUCUAUUGAAAAUUUAUCACCUCAAAAUAAAAUAACAACACAAGCAUUCAAUCAACCGAUUGCUCCUCAAAUGUCUGAAGAAAAAUCAAAAGCGAAUACAAAUAUGGAAACAUUUCUCAUCGUUUGGUUAGAUGCAAACAUCAAUAAAACAAAAGAUAAUGAAGAUACAUAUAAAGCUUUACGUACAAGUGUUAAUUAUCUCAAAACAUUUGAUAAUUUACAAGAAGGUGAAACAUACAUUCGCAGUAUUCAACGUGAAAAAAUUAUCCUAAUUGUAUCCGGUGGUUAUGGCAGAGCAAUCGUACCACGAAUUCAUGAUCUCGUACAAGUAAACUGCAUUUAUGUUUAUUGUGUUGACAAAGCAUAUAAUGAAGCAUGGUCAAAAGAUUAUUCAAAGAUACGAUCAGUGAUUACCAAACGAAAACAGUUAAUCGAUGAAAUUACUGAAGAUCAAAAAUUACGAAAUAUAAUCGAAGAUAUUGUUCCCAUGAGUAUUCUAAAUCGUACAGCAGUAGCUAAAGAAACAACAGCUAAAAAUAUUUCAAAAGAAAUGGGUUCAAUUUUAUGGUUUCAGUUGUUAGUUGAUGUUUUACUACGUAUGACACAUACUGAAGAUGCUAAAAUAGAACUAAUGAAAACAUGGCGUGAAAAUUAUAUUGGAAAUUCUUCUGAAUUACAUAUUAUUAAAGAAUUUGAACGUGAUUAUAAACAAGAGAAAGCUGUUUGGUGGUACACCCGUCAGUCAUCGCUGUAUCGCAUACUGAACAAAGCCUUGAGAGAGCAAUCUAUUGACACGAUAUUUGCAUUUCGAUUUUUUCUAACAGAAUUAUCAGAACAAGUCACACAAUUGUAUUAUAUUUAUAUGAAUCAAUUAAAUUUAUCGAACACAAAAAGUAAUGAUGAAUAUAUUAUUUAUGUUUAUCGUGGACAAGUUAUUGCCAAAGAAGAACUUGAACAAAUGCAAACAAGUAUUGGUGGUUUUAUUUCUAUUAAUAGUUUUUUUUCAACAAGUCGUAGUGAAAGUAAAGCACGAGACUUUGCCAAGCUAUCAGAAAUCACUGACAAGCUUCGUCGUAUUUUAUUUAAAAUUAAAAUCGAUCCGCGUUUACCAACAAAACCAUUUGCUGAUAUUGAAGGUAUAAGUUAUUUUCCAGAUGAAAGAGAAAUCUUAUUCAUGCUAGGAUCAAUAUUUCGUAUCGAUGAAAUCAAUUAUGAUAAUAAUGAUGCAUUAUGGACAAUAAACAUGAGUCUUUGUAGUGAAGAUGAUUUUGAAUUAAAAGAAUUAUUCGCAUAUUUAAAAAAAGAUAUUGGAGAAGAAGCAUCGAUGGUAACAUUGGGUAAUAUACUACUUCAAAUGGGUGAAUAUGAUAAAGCUAAACGAAUAUUUUUACGAAUGAAUCAUCAACAAGGACUUAUUAGUGUUGCAGAGUUGAAAGGAAACUUUUAUUUAGCAAUGAAACAUUAUAAACAUGCUAUUGAUUGUUAUGAACAAGCAUUAAAACUUCGGGGUGAAUCAUUACCUGCAUCACAUCAAGAUAUUGCUAAGAGUUAUAGUUCAAUUGCUAUGCCAUAUGAAUUUUGGAAAACAUAUCCAAAAGCUAUUGACUACUACCAACGAACAAUUAAACAAUAUAGCCGAACAUUGAAAGAUAAUCAUCCAUUGAUUACACAAACUAAAACUAGUUUACUAAAACUUCAACAUCGAACAAAUCAUUAA